ACUCAGCUCUGUUUGACUGAGAACAGAUUCUUGCAAAGCCGUCAUCAUGUACCUGUUUGUGGUGGUCGUCUCUCUACUGCUAAGCUUUCAUCCAGCUCAGAGUCGUUUUGUUGAGGAAAUUUUUAAAAAGAUCUCGGCAGAAACUUAUAACAGCACUGAACGAGAUGAUAAGCCAGUGUCAGCUAUAUUAGAGGCCAACAAACAUGCAGGACAGGAACUGGAUGGGGCCAAGAUCAUAUUUGGAGACAUCGCUGUAGCAACAGGUUUCAAGAAUGCAGAUCCAUGCACAGAUCGUGGGUGCAAAUGGAAGAGAAGCAAAAAUGGAAAUGUCUAUGUGCCAUAUAUCAUCUCCAACCAGUACUCUCCCCAGGAAAUAGGCGUGAUUGAACAAGGCCUUAAGUCUUUUGAGGGGUCAACCUGCAUUCGAUUCAAGCCUCAUCGUGGACAAAGAAACUUUAUCCACAUCAAGUCUGAUUCUGGUUGCUAUUCAUUUCUGGGCCGCCAAGGUGGAGAGCAGAUUGUAUCUCUGGAUCGUGCUGGGUGUGUCCAUUUUAGUAUUGUUCAGCAUGAGCUGCUUCAUGCUCUCGGGUUCCAUCACGAACAGAACCGCAGUGACCGUGAUGGCCAUGUAAAGAUUUUGUUUCAGAACAUCAUAUCUGGACUGGAGUACAAUUUUGACAUAAAACAAACCAACAACCUGGGUACUCCCUAUGACUACAACUCUGUGAUGCAGUAUUCAAGGUACGCUUUCACCAAGAACAAUCAGCCAACCAUCCUUCCCAUUCCUGAUCAAAAUGUUGUGAUUGGUGAAGCUCGAAGUAUGAGCCCCAAUGACAUCAUGCGUGUUAAAAGACUCUACUGCAGAUGAGCAAAGUGAUGCCAAGCCAUAUGAAGAAUCUGUUUGAUGACACAGUUCACACUCCCUUUAUUUUUGCCUAGCUUACUUUUUAUGCUUUUAUUCUUAAUUGCACUACACAAUGUCAAAAUAACAUAUUUAAUCUAGUACACUCUCAGUGUGUAAGCUUCAAAAAUGUCUCAUAAUGUACAAAAUAACAAAAACUUUUGUCAAAUCAACAAAAAGGAGCAAAUCGUGUAAACUCAGAAUCUUUCUUAAAAUGAGAUGUUCAUGAUUUCAAAGCUUUGAUUUGAUCAAUAUUCAGAUAUUGUUGUUAAACUGAUUUUGUUGAACUACUAUUCUCUUAUUUGCAUUUUCUGUUAAUCCCUUUUAAAUCCUUUUAAUUAAAGCAGGUGAACGCAAUCAA